CCACGACUCGACCAAUCAACGAGGUGCAAUUCUCUCAACUUCUCGACCAGACCCCGUAGACCCCCUUAUUUAAAUAGAAAAUCUGAGCCCGGAGCAUUUAGUAUUCUUCCAAUUUUUCUUCGAAACACGACGAACGUUUUGAUUUUUUUUGUACUUCGCUGUACAGUGAUUUUUCGAUAAGUUUUGAGGUUCUUUGGACUUUUAGAAAAUGACUACCUACACCGAUAAGGGGCCAAAGCCACUCGGAGGCAAUUUUGUAUGCUUCGAUCACAUAAAACUCUGGGUCGGCAAUGCCAAGCAGGCAGCGAGUUUUUACACGAGCAGAUUCGGAUUCGAACCACUGUGUUACCGAGGCUUAGAGACAGGUUCCCGAAAGGUAGCCUCGCACGCGGUUAAACAAAAUAAGAUCAUUUUCGUCUUCGAGUCUGCUUAUGAGCCUGAUAAUGACGAAAUGGCAGAACAUCUUGGGCGCCACGGAGACGGUGUCAGAGACGUGGCUUUCACGGUCGAAGAUAUUGAAAUUAUAGUCGAAGUAGCGAAGAAACGAGGAGCUGAGAUCGUCCGAGAUAUUUGGGAGGAAAAAGAUGAAUAUGGAGUCGUUAAAAUGGCCACCGUAAAAACGUUUGGAGACACGCUUCACACUCUUGUUGAUCGGACAGGAUACUCCAAAGCUCGAUUUCUUCCUGGCUAUGUCGAUGAGAAACCAGAUCCACUAUCGAGACUUUUGCCGAACACUGAAUUGGACUUUGUCGAUCAUUGUGUUGGCAAUCAAGCGGAUCAGCAAAUGGAACCAGUUGCCAAAUGGUACGAAGAGAUACUCCAAUUCCACAGAUUUUGGUCGGUCGAUGACACUCAAUUGCACACAGAGUUUUCAGCAUUACGCUCAAUAGUAAUGACCAACUGGCAAGAAACGGUGAAAAUACCAAUAAAUGAGCCGGCGCCAGGGAAGAAACGAUCGCAGAUACAAGAAUACGUCGAGUAUUACGGAGGUGCUGGAAUUCAGCAUAUUGCCCUUAAUACUCAUGAUAUUCUUACAGCCGUUGAAAAUUUGCGAGCUCGUGGUGUUGAGUUUCUGCACGUUCCCGACACGUACUACGAGAUGCUUAAAGAGCGUCUUAAGGGCAGCGCCACAAAAGUACUGGAAGACAUAGGCUUGCUUCAAAAAUUGAAAAUUCUCGUCGACUUCGACGAGAAUGGAUAUUUGCUUCAGAUAUUUUCACGCAACGUUCAGGACCGACCCACCCUCUUCAUCGAGAUCAUACAACGCAGAAAUCACAACGGCUUUGGGGCCGGAAAUUUUCAGGCUCUAUUCCAGGCGAUAGAAGGCGAACAAGAGAAACGUGGAAAUUUGUAAAAAAAAUAUUUGUAAAA